AACCCGUCAAAUCAACUCAAAGAUCAAAAAAUAUAAAAACGAUGUUAAAGAAUCGUUUCACGGGUCUUAUGACGCGGAAGAGCACGGCCACGGCCACGGCCCAUGCGAGAAACUACAUCUUUCAGAAGAGUUUCAAUGCACGCCAAGUGCUGAUGGCCAAGGCUAAGGCGAAUGGGGCACCAGAGACAGAGACCUUGGGGGACCAGACCCCGAAUCAAACGCAGCCGAAGAGUGCUUGUCCGGAAGUGAAGACAACAGGAACAACUGCUGUGCCCUUGGCCGAGAAUACACGCAAGACAGUUUCCCUCAAGACAUUUACAACCGCCCCAUCGGCCAGCUUUUCCGAUCGGCGCGAAAGGUGGAUGGCCAGGACCAAGGAGAUUCAGCGCAAGGCCAUGCUGGCAGCCAAAGAAGGUCCUACCAAGGCAGCAAGCAACAAAUGGUCGACUCCCGGGCUAUACGACUGGCAGCAGCAGCUGUCGCCGCAAAAGAAGCCAAAUGUCGAUAAUGAGAUCAUCUCCCCAGCGGAAGGCCAACGGAAGUCUUGGACGAAUCGCGUGCACGGCUCACAAAUGCAGAAGCAGAAACAGACACGGUUCCUUGAGGAACCGAGUGGCAGGCAGCACGCCAGAAGAGAUAUGGAACAGAAGGGACAUAGGAUACAGCAGAUAACCAGAAUGGAGUCCAGAGCUUCGGCAGCAGCAGCCCCUGCAGAGCUAAUCGAACACUCACAAAGAAAUAUACAACCCGUCAAAUCAACUCAAAGAUCAACAAAUAUAAAAACGAUGUUAAAGAAUCGUUUCACGGGUCUUAUGACGCGGAAGAGCACGGCCACGGCCACGGCCCAUGCGAGAAACUACAUCUUUCAGAAGAGUUUUAAUGCACGCCAAGUGCUGAUGGCCAAGGCUAAGGCGAAUGGGGCACCACAGACAGAGACCUUGGAGCACCAGACCCCGAAUCAAACGCAGCCGGAGAGUGCUUGUUCGGAAGUGAAGACAACAGGAACAACUGCUGUGCCCUUGGCCGAGAAUACACGCAAGACAGUUUCCCUCAAGACAUUUACAACCGCCCCAUCGGCCAGCUUUUCCGAUCGGCGCGAAAGGAUGAUGGCCAGGACCAAGGAGAUUCAGCGCAAGGCCAUGCUGGCAGCCAAAGAAGGUCCUACCAAGGCAGCAAGCAACAAAUGGUCGACUCCCGGGCUAUACGACUGGCAGCAGCAGCUGUCGCCGCAAAAGAAGCCAAAUGUCGAUAAUGAGAUCAUCUCCCCAGCGGAAGGCCAACGGAAGUCUUGGACGAAUCGCGUGCACGGCUCACAAAUGCAGAAGCAGAAACAGACACGGUUCCUUGAGGAACCGAGUGGCAGGCAGCACGCCAGAAGAGAUAUGGAACAGAAGGGACAUAGGAUACAGCAGAUAACCAGAAUGGAGUCCAGAGCUUCGGCAGCAGCAGCCCCUGCAGAGCUCGAGGAACCGAAGAAGAAGUCGCCCGAGCGUUUGGCUUACCUGGAGGCCAUCCAAAAGCUGAACAGUUACCACGCUUUCGACUCGGUGCCCGUGCGGAUGGGCCGGCAGGGCUCCGAUUGCCAGCCGGAUCCGAUACUAGAACAUACCCUGGAGUGCUUGGAGAGGACGAAGCUGUCAAAAGCGCAGUUGGAAAGCAUUCCCGUCAUACAGAUAUCCGGAUCGAAGGGCAGAGGAACCACAUGUGGCCUCGUUCAGAACAUCCUGCUCUCGCAUGGUAUCAAGACAGGGCUACUCUGCUCGCCCCAUCUCUUCUUUUCCUGCGAGCGAAUACGCAUCGAUGGGCAGCCCUUGAGUGAGGUUCAGUUCACGAAGCUCUUCUGGAAGAUUCAUGCCAGGCUGGCAAAAAUGCAACCACCGCCAGCCUACGACCAACUCCUGACGGUGAUGGCCUUCCAUGCGUUCCGCCGGGCGAUUGUGGAUGUGGCCAUUGUGAAGGUGGGCAGUGGAGGCGCCAGCGAUUGCACCAACGUCACCUCGCAUGCGGGAACAAUCGGCAUCAACACUCUGAGCCGGGAUAAAAGGUCGGAUCUGAGGCAUACCAUGCGGGACAUUGCCUGGGCCAAGGCGGCAAUCAUGAAGCCCUCUGCCAGCAUAUACACGAAUGUCAGCCAAGCAGAGUGCUGUGAGGCCCUAGCCCAGAGGGCCAGGGAGCUUGGCGUCCAGCUCCAUCGAGUGCCCACAUUCGAAGCCCUGAUCGAGGCAAACCUCAACCAAAAGCACCUGCUCUCCAAGGCAAACCAUUCCGUGAAGUUGAAUGGCUCAUUGGCCAUCCAGCUGGCGUGCGACUAUCUCAGGCGCCACAAGCCGGAGCUUGUGGUGGGAUUGGACACAAAUACAGUUAAAUUGUCUCAACGUGCGGCCCGCGGGAUUGGCAGCUUCCAGCCGGCGGGACAUUUCGAUGUGAUCAGACAGGACAGCCUUAAUGUCUAUUUGGACACGGCUGAUUCUGUCGAAUCGAUGAUGGCAUGUAGGGAGUGGUUCUAUGCCGGUACUCGGGCCAGUCGCUCGCCAAAGAUUCUGCUGUACAGUAGGGGGAAGGAUGCCAAUGCCAAGGAUCUUCUAGCGAUCCUUCGCUUCAAAGUGCGCUUCGAUGAAGCCUGCUUUGUGCCAUGCCCCAGUUUCUUCGAGGGCGAAAUCGUAGCCGAGGAGUUAUCCGCGGCCAUGGUCUGGGACGACAAGCAGGAGCUGCAGCGGGCAAAGAACAACGCCAGAGCCUGGUGUCGUCUCUGCGAGGAGAUGGGAAAGAAGGACACCUCCCAUCUUACCCUCUCGGUCAACUCAUGCUUUGACCACGUCCGCACCAAGUAUGGCCAGCAGAGUGAAGUCGAUGUCUUGGUAACUGGCUCCCGACAGUUGGUGGCUGCAGCCAUGACGACGCUCAACAAAAUGAGGGGCUCUAAGGCUCCAAGCCACCACAGUUGAUCCAUUUAAAUUUUGUAGUUUUUCUUCCAAAUUUCGAAAGCCAAACGAAUAUGGAAUGGAAUCACCACCAAAAACUCCAGCUAGAGCAAGUACGAUUUUAAAUAAAUCCCAAACAGAAUAGUUUUUAUCAUAGACCAAUGAAA